GCUGCUUGGAGCACCACGUUGGGAAAGUCUGAUGAUCCUUCAUUUUCAAGUGGUUAGAGACUUAACAGUGGUGAGAAACUUCCAGAACCACAGAAAUGGGUGCUUACAGGAUGAUUUCUUUCAGGCAAGCAACCUAUUUCAUUUGCUUCUUUGCUACAGUAUCCUGUGAAUGCCUGAUUCAAGUCUAUAAAAAUACCUUCUUCAGAGGUGGGGAUGUGGCCACCUUUUAUGCCCCAAGUGUACAGUACUGUCAGAUGAGGUGCACCUUCCACCCGAGGUGUUUGCUAUUCAGUUUUCUUCCUGCAGAUUCAACAAAAAACCCCGACAAAAGGUUUGGUUGCUUCUUGAAAGACAGUGUUACAGGAAUCCUGCCGAGAGAGUCAAAAACAAAUGCCAUCUCUGGACAUUCUUUAAAGCAAUGUGGCCAUCACAUAAGUGCUUGUCAACGUGACGUUUAUCAAGGAAUCGAUAUGCGAGGAACAAAUUUUAAUAUAUCUAAAGUUAAAAGUGUUGAAGAAUGUCAAAAAAUGUGCACCAAUAACAUUCUCUGCCAAUUUUAUACAUAUGCCACACAAAAUUUUUAUGAUAAAAAUUACUGGAACAACUGCCUACUAAAACACAGCCCAGGAGGAACACCUACAAGUAUAAAAGUGAUUGAUAACUUGGUGUCUGGAUUCUCACUGAAGCCCUGUGCACUAUCAGAUAUUGGUUGCCAGAUGAAUAUUUUCCAACGUCUAGCAUUUUCAGAUGUGGACAUUGCCAGUGUCAUUACACCAGAUGCCACUGUGUGUCGAACCAUCUGUACCUACCAUCCCAGCUGCCUCUUCUUUACAUUCUAUACAAAUCAGUGGGCCAUAGAGUCUCAAAGAAAUGUUUGUUUCCUUAAGACAUCAAGAAGUGGGAACCCAAGCACCCCUACUCCUCAGGAAAACACUGUAUCGGGAUAUAGCCUUUUAACCUGCAAGCGAACUUUUCCUGAACCCUGCCAUUCCAAACUUUACCCAGGACUUGAUUUUGAAGGGGAAGAAUUGAAUGUGACCUUCGUUAAAGGAACAAAUGUUUGCCGAGAAACUUGUACAAAGAUGAUUCGCUGUCAGUUUUUUACUUACUCUUCACUCCCAGAGGACUGUAGAGGAGAUAAGUGUAAGUGUUCCCUACGAUUAUCUCAUAAUGGUUCACCAACAAGAAUUACAUCUGGGACCCAACUACACUCUGGAUACUCUUUGAGGUUAUGCAGAAGUGGAGGUGACUCUAUAUGUACUACAAAAACAAAUGCACGUGUUGUUGGAGGAACUGACUCUUCUUUGGGAGAGUGGCCCUGGCAGGUCAGCCUGCAAGUGAAGCUAAAAGAGCAAAGUCAUGUGUGUGGAGGAUCCAUCAUUGGACGCCAGUGGGUCCUGACUGCUGCCCAUUGCUUUGAUGGGCUUCUCUUGUCGGAUAUUUGGCAAAUUUAUAGUGGUAUUUUAAAUCUGUCAGCGAUAUCAAAUGAAACACAUUUCUCACAAGUAAAGGAGAUUAUUAUUCACCAAAAUUAUAUACUAUCAGAAAGUGGUCAUGAUAUUGCCUUAGUGAAACUUGAGACCCCUUUGAAUUAUACUGAAUUUCAAAAGCCAAUAUGCCUACCUUCCAAAGAUGAUGUAAAUACAAUUUAUUCUAACUGCUGGGUAACUGGAUGGGGUCAUACAAAGGAAUACAAAGGUGAAGUCCAGAGUAUCCUACAAAAGGCAAGUGUUCCUUUGGUACCCAAUGAGGAAUGUCAGAAAAGUUACAGAAGCUACAAAAUAAUCAAACAAAUGACUUGUGCUGGCUAUAAAGAAGGGGGAAAAGAUGCCUGUAAGGGAGAUUCAGGUGGCCCCUUAGUUUGCAAACACAAUGGAAUAUGGCAUCAGGUGGGUAUCACCAGUUGGGGUGAAGGCUGUGCCCGCAGGAAUCAACCAGGUGUCUAUACUAAAGUUGUUGAGUAUUUGGACUGGAUUUUUGAGAAAACACAGAAGAGUGAUGCACAGUCUUUGAUGAACUUGCCAGCACGAGGACACACUUAGAGGUGGGGAAGAAUCCAGUUUGUGGAAUAAGAUUUAUAGUUUGAGCUCAAUUCAUGAACUAAGACUUGGGCUUCAAGACUACUAUUUACCCUGCAUAUUUGUUAAGAGGAUAACAACAACAUACAAGAAACUCCUAAGGGCGGGCAAUGUUCUGCAGAGGCCUUCAGCAUUCAACUCUACAAUGGCAGAUAACCAUAGAACAUCUCCACCACUGUAUGAAAUAAAGUAGUAACAGAGUAUGACUGAAAAGUGUUUCUUUCUGAUUUUGUAAAAACAGAA